AUGUCGGUUCCUACCCCGAGAAGAUCGAGGAGCGGAGCUCCCAAAGUCAGAACCGGCUGCGUAACAUCGUGCAUCAAGUGCCUGAGCACCCGCGGUGUAUGUGGUGGGUAUUAUGUGAAGCCACGCAAAAACCAGUCUUGGAAAUACCGUUUCGAUCCGUUACCGCUAGACCCGGUGGUCCAGCCCUCUGCCUCUAUUGUUGAAUUAGGCAUGGGGCGUCAGUUCGAAAAUGAGCUCCAGCAUCUUUAUUUUCAAGAAUGGCAGUUUCUCACCAAAGGAAACUUGGGGGGCUAUAUAUCAACUAAACUAUGGUCUACGUACCUGCCCCAAUUAACUGCCCAGCGCAUCGUGCUUCGACAUGCCGCUCUAAGUCUCGGAGCAAUGAGUCGAGCUCUGUCAAUGCAAUGCAUUGGCCAAAACCCUUCCCAGACUGAUCAUUAUCAGAAUGCCGUCGCUUACUAUUGCAAAGCUCUCCGUCAUCUUAGUCAGGCUGAUUCCGCUACGGCAACUACUCAAGAGGCGAUGUUGCUGGCUAUUCUGUUCACAAGCUUUGAAGUGCUUCGUGGUAACGUCAAGUCUGCUCUAGAACAUAUUUACCACGGCCUGCUAGUCGUGAGGGAGCUUUGCGCUAGUCCUGAAGCUAUGUCAUAUAUUGAUCAGCUGGCCCCUGACCCUGGCCAGUUCAUCAGUGAGGUUCUGGCUCUCUACUGGAGACUGGCUAUCCAGACCCAGGUUGUGACUCAAGGGAGCGCCAAGCUAAAAGAAUAUGGAGCUAUGAGUAUUGGAAAAAGUAAUGACUCUGAAGAACUCGACAGACAGGCGGUUAACAAUCGCCUGUCCCGAUAUCUCCUUCCUCGGCCUGGCUUGUCUGCUUUGCCAAAACUAUUUAUGCAUGUGGAUGAGGCACUGGAACACUGGGAAGCCACUACUCGUCGCAUAGAGAGACUGGGACCUCGUGUCAUUCCUAUUUUAGACAGAUUUCUCGCAGGAGAUGCUAGAAAUCACGGAAUGGCAGAAGAAGCACUCGAGGAGAUGCAGAAGCAUCGAGAAAUAACAUUCUUCUCUGAUGAAAGUCAACGCCAUUUACGCAUUUGGCAUGAUGCCUUCUGGCCUCUAUAUCAGCGAACUCUCGCCACAUCUGAGCCAAGUUCUGGGCCAGUCAUGACUCUUAUUUGUCUCCGGAUCGAGUAUCUUGCCCUGUCAAUGCACAGCAUGUUUCAGAUGCAAGGCAACUAUGACACUGUGUCUACAUUGACACCCAAAUGUCGCGAGAUCAACGAACUUUGCGAGAUCGUUUUCCGAUGCCAGGUCCGAGACGCCAGAGGACCUUCAAUGAGUUUCUCUAUAGGCACAGGCCUGACAUGGCAUUUGAUCUUUGUGGCAAUGAACUGCCGAGAUUCCGUUGUCCGCGAGAGCGCAAUGCGGAUUCUGGAGACUUAUCCCCGCCAGGAUGGGCUCUGGAGCAGUAAAUCUUUCCUUGAAAUUGCGAGACGGAACCGCAAGGUGGAAGCUGAGAACUGCGGUGAGGGUAGUAUGAAGCAGCAAUGGCUCCGUCUCUCUCGGCGAGUAUUUCUGCUCGAAGAGGCCGGAGAACGACUCGUAUUCCGAUAUAUGAGCAAGGAGAAUGGGUGCUGGGAUUAUAUCGAGGAGUAUGCAGACUUUAGUUAUACAAGGACCAGCUCGCUUGGGAUAGAAUGGAAAAGGAGGCCACUCAGUAGCCAAAGCUUCACCCUGCAAUGGGGGCGAACGGGCACUACUUCGAUGGGCUCACUGUGGCCAGGUAUGGGUUGCUGUGCGCCCAGGCUUGCCGUUUCCUGA